AUGGUGCAUGUGGGUGCCCAGCUGGAUGAGGAGAGGAACAUUACGGCCCUGGUCCCUCGUCAGCCCCUGGAGGUCCAUGAGACCGUGGCAGAGUGCAUGAUUUACGCCAACCACUGGGUGGCCCGCAAGAUCCAGGAAGCUUUCCCCAACCAGGCCCUUCUAAGGUGUCACCCACCACCACAACAGGAGCUAUUCAACCAGCUGGUGGACACUGCAAAGGCCAAAGGUUUCACCAUUGACACCAGGUCCAACAAGGCUUUAGCUGCCUCACUGGACCGAGCUGUGGACCCACAGGACCCCUUGGUGAACAGGUUGUUCAGAAUGAUGGCCACCACUGCUAUGUCACAGGCUCUGUACUUCUCCACUGGUGCUCAUCCUCAAGACCAAUACUACCAUUAUGGUCUGGCUCUGGAUCGCUACACACACUUUACCUCACCCAUCCGUCGGUACGCAGACAUUGUCGUGCACCGCCUUCUUACCGCAGCCCUGCACAUGCAGAGGGGCGUUGUAUCUGGUAAAGCACCAGCCAGUAACAAAGAAGUGGAGGAAAUGGCUCACCAUGUCAACAGCAAGAACAGGGCAGCACAGGCAGCCCAAAUGCGAUCCACAGCACUGUUUCAGUGUCUGUUUUUCAGAGAACGAGACCCUCAGACAGACCCGUGCUGUGUGGCUGACGCUGUUGUCUACUCCAUUCGAGACAACGGUGUCUUGGUGUUUAUCCCAGAGUAUGGUGUGAGGGGGCCUGUGUAUCUGAAGAACAAAGAGGGCCUGGUGGUGGUAGCGGGACAGGACGGCAGCUGUGAUUGGCAGGGUGGCACUGUGCGAAAAUACCCGGACCGCAUUACCACCACCUCCAGCUGUGGCACCUCCACCUUCAAACUGUUUGACCACAUCACCGUUCGUAUUUCUGUCCACUCUUCAACUUGCCACGCUGACCGUCUAAACCUCGAGGUCAUCAGCAACAAGCCUCACCACAGUGCCAAGUCCCAGCAGCCCAGCCCUCAGGGCCGCAGUCAGCUGGUCAAAGAGGUGGUGCGUCAGAAUGAAGAGGCGCUGGCUCAGGAGAAGACAGCCCGGCGCCCCAAACUCUCCAAAGAGGAAAGAGAGUUUCGUCAGAGCAAAACUCCCAGUCUGUACUCUAUUCUGGAAGAAAUCAGAGAGUUGGCUCUGAUGGAUCUGGAAAGGGCUUCACGCCUCCCGGCAACAACAGCAUAGAAACGCUGUAGCCCAGCUUUACCUCCAAGCAGACACUUGUGAGAACUGCACGCUGUGCGCUAACAGAACGGUGAUCAUUGAAGAUCACUCGUGCUGAGUCAUCCAGGUCAUUCUUGUAGCUCCAGAUUGUGUGUGGACAAACCACACGAGUGUGUGAAGUCACAGGAAAGCAAACACAAUAUUAAGUAAAAACAUGUCCCGCCAUCUUUUUAGAAACCAGAGUCAAACCGAAUCAGUGGAUACGUUUUGUAAAAGUUAGUUUUUAAAAUCACAUCAAGUUAAACUUAGUUGUAAGGAGGAUAGGGAACGUGUUAAUGCCAGUGAAGUGUCAGCAGUUACUUUGACAAGACCUAGUACUCACUGCAAAUGUGGUUCAAUCCUGCAGGAAACUAGUCAACUGCAGCAGGUUAAAGAAGUCUGGUAACAAAAGGCUUUUCUCUCAGCACCAGUGAUCUCAAUAUCUCACUGGUGGGAUCAAUGUCUUGUGUAAAUUAAAUGUCUUGUGUUAUAGAACCAUUUUUGGUGAGUUCACACAUAUUGUACUACCUGUGACCACUUCAUACAAAACCCAGCACGAGUAUUGUUCUGGAGAUGAUAAAACGUCCACUCGUCCAUUUUCUUCUGCACGUCCUGGAAUCUGUCCCAGCUGUCAUAGGGUGAGAGGCAGGAUACGCCCUGGACAGGUCACCGGACUGAUAAAACUUCAUGUCACUCAUUAGCAGACUUUAAAAUAAACCCGUAGAGUAAUGAAAUACACCUGAGGUUGGUUGUGUUGGAAGUGAUGUAUAAAACUAGGAUGUAUUUAUCUUAUAGUUUGUAUAUCAAGAGCCUGUAUAGAAGACACCAACACCAAGGACAUUUUUAUUGUUUGAACUGGUAAAUAAUCAGAAGCGUUUUUUGGUUUGUGGAUUUUAAGAUCGUUUUCUAGAACUACCAACAGAAAUAUGAACUGUACAUAACUAUUUCAAUAUGUGUGCAGUGGCCUGUAAUUAAAAAUGGUGUUUUCAUUAGCGCAGAUGGAGCCAC